UCUCUCAGACCUCUCUGCCUGCCAAAGCACUCGGUUUUCCAGCUUCGUCGAUCCCGCCACAAGAAACCCUCCAAAUCUACACCCAAUAAUCCCUAAUUCGUUGAGGAUUCUUCGAUUUUUCUCGGCAAUUACGCCGGUUUCUUGCUUGAUUUCAAGUUGGAAAUGGUGGGCAUGGCUCUGAGAUCCAAUUGCGAGCCUUUUUCUUGCUUGAUUUGGUGGUGGUAAUGGCGGUAUCGGCCUUCAGGUCGAAGUCCAAAAGGAGCACGUCUGUGGCGCCGCCGAAUCAUGUGUCUUCCUUGAGGAAUCGCCCGGCUGAUGAUGCUGAGAAGAAGAUCCCUGCCCGCCGGUCGAGGAGCGUGAGCGCCGUGUCGAGGUAUGCUGGUGCUGCGGCGGAGCCAGCGGAGGUUGAAUUCAUGAACAAGAGGGAUAAUCCUUUGUUUUCUUGCUCUGGCUCGUCGCCUUUGUCGCCGUCGUCAGAAUCCGAUGUUCACUGUGAGGUCUUGGAAGGGGGCAGGAGUGAUUUCGAUAGCAAACGAGGGAGAUCGGUUUCACGGAGCUCAGGAUUUGGGAAAGAGAGCUCGAGCAAUCGGAGUUUGUCGAGCGUGAGCACUGGAGGGAGACGGAGGUCCGUUUCGAGAGGGCAUUAUGGAAAUUCCGAGAGAAAGGAAGGUAGAAUUUUGAAAGAUGGGGGAGUGUUGGAUGAUACACGAAAUUUACAUACAUGGACCAGCAGGCAUCCACCACCAGAUCCUUGGGAAACAUCUAGUGUAAGUUGCGUUGGAGCUCGUAAAAUGAGUUUCUUGUCAUGUGGGCGAGCUCGGAAUUGGGAGGAUGGAAUUUCUACAAGUUCUCAUUCUGAAACAGAGGAUACUUUACAUAGGAAGGGUUUUCUGAGCGAUCAUUCUUCUAAACUUGUUGGAGAUGGUGGAAUUUAUAAAACCAUACGGUCAGAAGUACGCCGUGCUGUUUAUGAGGUUCGAGAUGACCUUCAGAAUGCCAUUAGACAGAAGAAUUCUGCAAUCAUCAAUGAAAAUGUUGCAGACUGUGCCUCUGAAUUUGUGGACCAUAGCAUGACUGAAUUAGUCUCUGACUUUAGAAGGGAAUAUGCCACAAAGCUGGAGCAGUCUCAGGUACGGGUAAGGCGACUUCAGAAAGAUUUGGCUAUUGAAGAGCAGCAUGGACAACAACUCAGUGAAAUUCUAAAGAAGAUACUUCCAGAUACAAAGAGUUCUCAGAGUGGAAAGUCUCGACCAAGGAGAAAGGCAAGCAUUGACCGUCUUAAGAUGUCUAGGCGUUUAACAGAAGAAGCCCUGAAUUACUUUGAUGAGUGUGUCUCAAUAUCAACCUUUGAUAGUUCUGACUUUUCAUCAAUGGAGGAACCACCACCCAUAUCAACAGUCAGUGCCACUCCAAUCGAUAAUGGUAGAUGUUCGUCAAGUGAGAACUUGAGUUCCUCAACUCCAAAAUUUUCCAAUGAUCACCUUGACCAUCAUGAGGAAUCAGAUGACCAGACUCAGUGUUCACUUAGCUUUGCUGAAUCAGACUGUGCAUUGAGCAGCAUCUGCAGCGGGAGGAAGUUUUCUGAUCCAACGCUGUCAAAUGAUAAUCAGGUCGGUCAAAUCGACUCAGAUACACCAAGGAGUGAAACUUAUCAAUUCUCAUUCAGACACAAACAGAAUGAAACUAGAAGAGUUCACGACAUCAGACAUUACCUGAAAAACUUUGAAAAGGACCCAAGGACAGAAAUUGCUCGUGGCACGAAAACAAGGUUAAGCUACAAUGCUGAUGUUUACGAUCUUAAUACAUCAGCUGAAAGGUUGCUCUCUGAGAAGGUAAUCUUUAGGAAUAGGAUUGAUACUGGAGGUCUUCUUAUUUGUGAUAUAAGAAUCUUUUGAUUUAUUUCAUUGCUUCUCUGUAUACAACAUAUUUCAAAGAUGCGAUUACAAUGGUUGAUGAGUACAAAAUUUGAAGUAGGUAACCAUAUUAUGAAUCUCCUGUUUAUUGUA